AUGCAAAUUGAUGAAAAUAACCUCCAUCUCAAAGAUGCACUCGUGAUAUACUCUGAAAAAGGUGGAAUUAAUAGAAUUAUGGAAAAGCUAAACCGAUUCUUCAAUAAUUAUGAUCAGAGUAGAUCAUUAUUUCGGAAAUUGGACACCGUUCAAGAGCAGGUAUUGAAUGAGAAGAAUCUUAUGGAUUAUUUAAACAAUUAUCAAAUUAUUUUCAUCAGUUUAUUUGCAGGAUAUAACAAUUCUAUAUGGAAAAGAGAAAUGCUGAUUAAUUUAUGGUAUUUGGUAAAGAGAGGGAAAUUAAUGGUUGUCUUCUUGAGAUCAAGUUUAUCAAAAGUAGCCAUAGAAUUGGAAGUGUCGAGGGAUAAUCUAAAGAAUAUUGUUUGGAAAUUAUUUGAUUUUAUGGAAGGAGAGAAGAUUAUGUUACAACGUGAAAAUAUUAUAAAGCUUAAAAGUAGCAGUUUGGAUACGUUUCUAGAAUCCUUUGAAAACAAAGAGGAUGAUAAUCUAAACAUUGUUUCACUUUCAGAUCCUUAUGUAUGUGGAAUUGAUAAAUCACAUUUGGUCAACCCAAAUGAUUGGAUUUUUUUAGGAAAACAAAUUGAAGGAGAGAAAGUUUGUUGGAUGAUUCACAAGUCAAAAAAGAUCAUGUUCAUUCCAUUUUAUGGAUGUUCUAAUGGAAAUGAAAAUCAAACCAAUUUAAUAUUUAGUGCUUUGAAAUAUCUAAUGUUUGAACAUUUGGAAAUUUCACUUUUGCAAAGAAAUUUAAAUGCCAAUCGGAAAAUAUUAUCAGAUAUACUCAUUAAUUUGCACUAA